GGGGCACCGAAGAAAAUGGAUAAACCGAAAUAAACAGAGGUCUUGUUGCUCAAGCCAAUUCCAUAGCUCAAUUUUAGAGAGAGAAACAGAGAGGAAGAGACAGAGAGAGAGGGGGGCAAUGGCGAGGGAUAGCUGUCUGGCUCGAGUCACCGCAGGCGUAGCUGUUGGCGGUGCUGUUGGAGGCGCUGUCGGUGCUGUAUAUGGGACCUAUGAGGCUAUUAGGUACAAGGUUCCUGGACUCCUGAAAAUUAGGUACAUUGGACAAACCACGCUUGGGAGUGCCGCUAUUUUUGGUCUUUUCUUGGGUGCUGGCAGCUUGAUACACUGUGGGAAGUCUUAUUAAGCUCUGCUUUGAUUGGUUCUCUUUUGUUUAUGAGAAUUGGUUGUCUUAUUACAUGCCUGUAGACAAUUUGCAUUGAAAUCGUAUUAUUGCGACCACCCUUUUUCUUCAUUUUCACAACUUGCCAUGUGCUUCUGUUUUGUUUACAAUAUUUUUGUGAGGUAUCAUUUUGUGUUGUGUUUUCUUAGUUGGUUUUAGCUGUGUAAUUACUGGCAGAGGUUCAAACUAUCUUCUCCAAUCUUUGAUUAGUGAAUGAUACAAUCCUGGUUGAGCCAUGCCUUUCA